UUAUUCCCGAGAGUGAGCGCUUGGUUGCAGGCAGUCGCGGCCCGCCAGGUCAGCCAGGGGCACAGAGCGAAGAACUGCUGUAGCAACAUGGCACAGCCACGAACGAAGACGCUGCUGCUGGGCAUGGCGCUGUGCCUGAGUGUCGCGUUCCUCGGCCGCCCCUGCGCCGCCGGCUUCAUGGACCAUCUCUCCAAAACCAAGUUCUGUGCCGACAAGGAAUGUACCUACGUCAUCUCUAUGGGCGAAGCCACUGGAGACUACUCGGCUCCCGACUGCAGGUUCAUCAGCUUCAAGAGCGGCCAAAGCAUCUUCAUCUACUCCAAACUCAAGCCCAACGACGGCGAGGAGUACUGGCUGGGCAGCGUGUACAACGCCCAGGACGUGGCUCAGAUGGGGCUCCUGGGCUACUUCCCGAAGAGCAUGAUCAACGAGGUGCACAAGUUCGCGCCGGCCAAGAUAAAGCUGCCGACCAACGACUUGGACUUUUACUGCGACUCUUAAAAAUGGGAGAAAACUGCACGGAAAAUUGCCCCAAGAGGAAGAGCAGGAAUUCCAGCAAGGGCAGGAAUUCCAAGAAGAGCAGGAAUUCCAACAAGUCUCGAAGUUUAUUUUGCCAAGACCGGAAUGUAUGGGGCGAUUGCUCGGCACACACUUCGUUUAACUUACCCUGUUAAGUGGCAAUACUCAUUAUUGCAAAGCUUGCAAUUGCUACUUUUGAAACGUACUUAAAAGCAUUUAUUCUGAUCCAAUGCGGUGAAUAUCGCAUUCGCUAAAAUAUGAAAAUGUUUCAGAACAAAGAUGGUUAAGUCCGAAGAUGUGAAGAAGUGUCUGGGUUCUUAUCACAACCUUUCUGUCUCGCUGCCGUAUUUGACUAAAAAACAAUUACGGUUUGCCAGAAUGACACACGUCCCGCGUUUGCUUUGAUCGCGAAUUUUAAAUAAUAUAUUUUGCCUCGAUUUAUCGUGUAUGAUUAAAACAUGAGCGGGGCUGUGGGUGCGGAUGUACACACACACACACGGAGCAUAUCUCUCUGUUUGCGUUCGCUUACGGCUUUCAUCAUCACAUUUAAUUUCUCUCUGCCCGUUCGCACGUGCGUUGAACUUUACAAAAGAAACUGGGAAUCCCGUGGUUUAUAUUUCAAAGAGCGGAACGUGUUCUUUGUCUAAGGAUACAGGUGGAUUUUCCGUAUCGCCACAAAAAAAACUCACCAGCCCCGUACUUUUUGCUGUCAUCUCCGUGAAGCCUCUCCGAUAUCUGUCCGUCUCUCUCCGCCGCUAGUCUUGACCUUUCCCGCUCUCGCGCUCUUUCACUCUGAACGCUAUAAACUAUUUUUUGUUCCUUAAUUUUACCAGGUAAGGCCCACUGAGCUACUAUAGUUAUUAGCAUCACCGCUAUUGAACGCUCCACCGCACGGCAACGUGCGGUGGAGCGCGUUUGUCGACGUAACGAUGCAAUAAAGCGCGCGCUGCCUAUGCUCCGAA